AAUACAUAAUCACCAUUGUUAUUAAUCCUUCAAUAACCAGAGAGAGAGAGAGAAAUUGUUGAAUCCUUCAACAGUCAGUGAUGGUGGUACCUCUAGGUCCCGGAAAGUUCUACGGUAGCAGCCUACCCAGGCCCCAAAUCUACACCGACGUGAAGUUCAACGACGAGAGGGUCGACCCACCUUCUUCGGUUAUUGACCCAUUGAUGGCGUGGGCCGAGGAGGCUCACUGGUCCAUGGGCGGACUCAGCUUCAAGCGCCUCCGCCUCCAAGGCCGCAUUGAAGGCAACGUCAUCAAGCUCCGCGCCCAGCGCGAGAAAUUCGUCAAGAACCGAAGCCGAAUCUCUGCCAAUUUGAUUGCCGAUCUUGGCAGCGAUUCUGACGAUGAUGUACAUAACAAGGAUUCAAGCCCAUUGCCGCCUCCGGCACCGAUGGCGACAAAACGGCGGAGGCGGUUCACGGCGAUGAUUGAAGAGGAAGAUGACCGUGAGGAUGUAGAUCUGGCGUUGAAGAAUUUAAAGGGAGGGGAAAAUGGCGCUGGAGGUGAUGAGGUUGGGGUUUGGAAGAGGAGGCUGGCGAGGAAGCUUGGGGAUGAUUUUGAUCGGGUAGCGACCAAGAGUGGGUUGGGGAAGAGUAAGGAAAGCCCGGUGAAGAGUUUGAGUAAUGGAUCGGAGAUCAUGGCGUUGCGAACUCGAAGCCGGAGGACUGAGGAGAGUGAUGGUGGCGAUGAGGUGGUGAAGGUGGUUGAGGAUGUGAAGAAGACGUAUUCGAAGGGAAAGAAGCUGAAGCGUGUUGGAGAGAAAGAGAAAGCUAAGAGUGUUGCAGAGAGUGGUUCUUCUACUCCUGGUAAAACCAGGACUUCGCCGAGAUUGGCGAUGCGUUGAUUGCGUUUGAUGUGUUCGAUAAUUGGUCUCUGUGGAUACUAUGUUCUUUGACUAUCCAAAAUACAACUAUGUAGGCUUUUCUUUGUUAGUGUGUGUUUUUUAAAUUAAGUCCAUGUUGUUCAUUAUUCUUGAGAGAGUCGUUCUUAUCCAUUGAUUGACCAUGUGUUUAAUCUGCUUAUCCUUAAUGGGGGAAUCAAAGAUGCAAUUGAUGAAUCCAGAGAAUGAUUACUAGUUGCGUUUAUAUGUUAUGUA